AUGAGCUUCUUUCAAACGAAUAGAUUUACAGCGCGAUCUAGAAGGAAAAUCGGUUCAGGUAUUUCAGCAUCAGUUGAACUUUGCGAAAGUAAAACUAGAGGAUUUUUAUUUGUAGUUAAAACAUAUCAUGGUAAAGAAGUACAAGAAUCUAAAAAGGAAUACCAUGAACGUGUUCUUGAAGAGUACAUGGUUCUUUCAAAGCUAUCACACCCAAAUAUUGUGGAAGUAUAUAAAUAUAAGAUUUCUUUAACAGGGUCUAUAGUUUCUGUUUAUAUGGAAGCAGGAUUAACUGAUUUUAGACAACUUAUGAAAUCUAAAUCUAAAUUUGAUAUUGAAACCUUAUUAUCAUUUUGGUUUCAAUUAUGUGAUGCAAUUAAAUAUUUACAUUAUACUGUUAAUCUUUGUCAUCGAGAUUUAAAACUAGAUAACCUUAUCCUUUGCGAUCACGUGCUCAAGGUGAUUGAUUUUGGAGCUGCAACAUCAACUAAAGAAUUAGCAGUUGGACUUGUUGGAACAGAGGCUUAUGUUUCUCCAGAAAUGUAUCUGAGUAUUAGAUAUGAUGGUAUGAAAGCUGAUAUAUGGUCAAUUGGAAUUCUUUUGUAUUAUUUUUUAAUGGGUAAAUUUCCUUGGAAAUUGGCUAAUCAUUCUGAUAAGGAUUUUGAAAAUAGACCAACAUUCUUAUUAACCAAAGAGGAGUGUAUCACUCAGGGGUUAAAACAUGAUCAAACAUCCUUCUUACUCCUCUUACAAGAUAUGCUCGAGUCAAACCCCAGUAAAAGAAUCUCUAUUCUUGACUUCUCCCGUUACAAAUGGUUUGAAACGGGCCCAGAGUCAAUCUUGAGCACCAAUCCAGAGUCAUAUCCUGUUCCAAAGUCGUGA